CCGGCUGGCAGGGUGAACUCCCGACUGCUUAAGGUCCCGGCUCCGGGAGCUGUGGGCGCGGGACGGGCCCACUGCGCGUGCGCGCACCGUCCCGCAUCCCUGGCCCCCUUCCCCCCCGCGCCCGCGACUUGGUACGGCCGGGCGGUUGGCGUCCUCUGCGGCUUCCAACCGGCGGCGGGCUUUUCAAAUCUUCCCUUCGGAGGCGCUGCGGCGCCCCGGGCUGUUUGCGCUUGUAAUGGAGGCGCCGGCCCUGAGGGGUCCGGAGCUCGGCCUGGCGGGGCUUCCCGCCCAGCAGGACUGCAGCAUCCAAGAAAAAAUUGACUUAGAAAUUCGAAUGCGAGAAGGAGUAUGGAAACUUCUUUCUUUGAGCACUCAGAAAGACCAGGUUUUGCAUGCAGUUAAGAAUCUCAUGGUAUGCAAUGCUCGAAUAAUGGCUUACACAUCAGAGCUACAGAAAUUAGAAGAGCAGAUUGCAAAUCGAACUGGAAAACGCAAUGUAAAUUUUGAAAGUCAAGGACGAACAGCAUGUAAAGGGAAGAUUGCCAUAUCAGAUAUUCGAAUACCACUAAUGUGGAAAGACUCUGAUCACUUCAGCAAUAAAGAACGAUCACAGCGCUAUGCCAUUUUUUGUUUGUUCAAAAUGGGAGCUGAAGUUUUUGACACUGACUUGAUGGUUGUGGAUAAAACAAUUACAGAUAUAUGCUUUGAAAAUGUAACCAUAUUUAAUGAAGCUGGCCCAGACUUUCAGAUAAAGGUGGAAGUGUAUAGUUGCUGUACAGAAGAGUCUUCAAUAACCAACACACCGAAAAAGCUGGCUAAGAAACUUAAGACAUCUAUAAGUAAAGCUACCGGAAAGAAAAUAAAUUCAGUGCUUCAAGAAGAUGGUCCUAAAACAGACUUGUUCUUCAGUUCAGCUGUUUUUGGUGCAAAAUAUAAUUUGCUAGCUCAUGCUACUCUGACAUUGGAAAGUACUGAGAACAGCUUCAAGACCCAUAACCUGUCUAUUAAUGGAAAUGAGGAAUCUUCCUUUUGGCUUCCCUUAUAUGGCAACAUGUGCUGCCGAUUAGUUGCCCAGCCAGCUUGCAUGGCUGAGGACGCACUUGCAGGAUUUCUUAAUCAGCAGCAAAUGGUAGAAGGUCUGAUUAGUUGGAGAAGGUUAUAUUGUGUUUUGAGAGGGGGUAAACUCUACUGUUUUUAUACCCCAGAAGAAAUUGAAGCUAAAGUGGAACCAACCUUGGUAGUGCCCAUUAACAAGGAAACUAGAAUUCGGGCAAUGGAUAAGGAUGCCAAGAAAAGAAUCCAUAGUUUCUCUGUCAUCAACCCUGGUUCUGGACAGGCUAUCACUCAGAUUUUUUCAGCUGACGAUAGAGAAGGUCUUCAGAAGUGGAUGGAAGCCUUCUGGCAGCAUUUCUUUGAUCUUUGCCAGUGGAAGCACUGUUGUGAAGAAUUUAUGAAAAUUGAGAUUAUGUCACCAAGGAAACCACCUUUGUUCUUGACAAAAGAGGCGACCUCAGUCUACCAUGAUAUGAGCAUUGAUUCUCCUAUGAAACUUGAAAGUUUAACUGAUAUAAUACAAAAGAAAAUUGAAGAGACGAAUGGACAGUUCCCUGUUGGUCAGCAUGAAGAGUCCUCGCCACCUCCAUGGGCCUCACUCUUUGAUGGUAAUCAUCAAAUGGUUGUCAUUCAGAAAAAAGUAUUAUCUCCUGGAAGUGAGCAGUUACAUGACGGGAAAGGGAAAAAGAGACGGGCUCCCCUUCCUCCUUCUGAUAAACCUCCAUUCAGCUUAAAAACGCAAUCCAGCAUAGAUCAAUUGGUUAAGGACAAGUGGGGAAAAACUAGUGUAUCUCGGACCUCGCCAUUGGAUGCCAAAUUAUCGACUCUAAUGCAUCACCUGCAGAAACCAGUGGCUGCUCCUCGAAAACUUCUUCCUGCCAGGAAAAAGAGUUUAACUGACAGUGAGCACACAGACACUAAAGCCAGUUUUGAAGCCAAGCCAGUGCCAGCUCCAAGGCAGAAAUCCAUCAAAGACAUUUUGGAUCCUAGAUCAUGGUUGCAGGCACAAGUAUAGAAAACUCUUAAUGUGUAAAACAUUUAUCAAAAUCUAUAACCGUGAGGCUUAAUUCAGAGGCAUUAUAGAUGUAAUGACAUGUAAUUAUGUAGGUAAAUGUGACAGUGAUUUACAUCAAUGAUUAAUAAUCUACUAGUUAUAGAAAAAAAUGUGAGUGAUUUCCCCAGCAAAGUGCAAGAGGCAGUUCCUAGACAAUAUCCUAAUUGUUGGAAGGGUUAAUUUAUUCGUAAAUUAGUACCAGGAAGUGAACAAGAACUACGCAGAAAAAAGCAUUCAAAUUUCUUUUAGGGAGAGACUGUCUAGUAAUUUAAAAUGUGUUAAAUAUGAGCUAUAUUCUCAUUGUGAGAAUUUUAAUAGUAAUGGAAUGUUUCGAAUGUUUUAUUCAAGCCACAAAUUAUAAAAUCCACCCAAGAAAAUUUCUUCUUAGCAUUCUGGAAUUCUCAUCUAAUGGUUCACUGGCUCUCAUCUAUUGUUCAGCUUGGUAGUUUAUAGGCCUGACCUUUUUAAAUUCCUGGGAUACAUUUUGGAAUAUUAAAUUCUUCCAUCUUUAAAGAGAAUUUUAACAUGUUGUUCAAACUUGUUUCCUUGACGAGCCCUGAAAUCCUGUUAUUAACUCUUAUUAGUGAAGCAUAACAUUUAUUAGUUUAGAAGAAUGAUAGAUGAAAUAUUUUUUACAUCCACUUUUCUAUGUGUGAUGCUAAUGUCCAUUGUGACUUUGGAAUUUGGGGAAGUGGGUAGCUGAUUAACGCCUUAAGAUCCAUUUAAUACUUAUUUUAAAAGCAGAUAGCAAAUUCAAAAAUAACAAAAAAUUUGGCCAUGAUAAUAAUUUUCAGGGUUCAUCUUUUUUUUUUUCUUAAUUACCGUAUGCUUAUGCAAUUAACGCGCACCCUCUGUGUUUGUUUGCCAGCCAUGCAUCUUCCCCCUCCCCCAACCAUGAGGUAUUUUCAUAAGCACACUAUCCUUUUUUUUUUUUUUAACAGCAACUUGGAAGAGAAUUGGCAUGGCAGCCUUGUGAGGGAGCCUCGCAGGGGAAGGGCGUGGCCCACAAACACACAGGCAUUAUUUCCAUAAAAAUACAGUAGAUGUCAGCUAUUGAUAUUAUUCAUUUAAAGUCAUAUUUUUACAAUAGUGACAUAGGAAUCAUUUCCAUAGGGGGUAAUUUCCAUAGCAACUAAUCAUAGUGACCCAAACAGGAUUAUGAAAUGGAGUGAGGAGUAAAUAGCAAGAAGAUGAAAUUUCAUUUCUUACAAUAAUGCUUCUUGUAAACAAGAGCUUAACAGUUUGAAAAUCUAAUCAGAAUUUCCAAAUAAAGCAGUUUCCAUAAGAUGUCACCAACAACACUAAAUCUCAAAUCACACCAAACCCUAAAUGUCAUUGGAAGAAAUAAAAAUAAAUGAAUUAAAUUACUGCUCUACGUGUAAUAUUUAGAGAUCUUUUUAAAGCUAGCAAGAGCUCUAUUUGGAUCAGAACUACAUUAUUUUAAAGUAAAAUGAAUACUUGUCAAAAAUAACUUAAUAAUUGAACCUUUUGUUAUUUUUAGACACGUCUUUUUUUUCCCCUGCUUAUGUAGAAUGACGUAACUGCUAUAUUACUUUUGUGUUUGCCCAGGACUCCUGGUAAAAAUUGGGACUCAAGGGAGUAAUGAUACAAAAGGUCUAUUGUGACUGGCAACACCAGGAUAGACUUGGUGAGAAGCAAACCGUAAUAUUUGCCCAGUUUUAGAGACAGUCACACGUAUGAAAACUUUAAAAAGUAGGAUUAAUUUACUUUUCUAGCCAGAAAGAUCUCAUAAAUUUCUGGUGCAAUUGCCAUUCCAGCAAAUGACGUAUUAAAAAUCAAAAGGAUAUUAUUGUUUGUUUAUUUUUUAAACCUCAGUGCUGUUUUUGACAGCAUUUGUGCUUGUUGUUGCCACUAAAUUAUAGAGCUAGAAGAUGCUGCAGGCAAAAUUGUUUCUGAAACUGGCAUCCAAGGAAUUCUUUUUUUCAUAGUUGGUGCCUUCUUUUAUAAUGAGUCAGUAUUUUAACUUCCAAACUAUAUUCUUGUCAUUUUUCCUCAUGCAGAUUUUAGCAGAAAGAAUUUAAGUAAAUCAAGGAAGAAAAUAUAUUCAUAGAGAACUUACUGAGCAGUUGUAGUUGUGUCCUCAGUGUGGAAACUCUGGAACAGGACUGAAACCGUUCUUCUUGGAUCCAUGUAGGUGAAGCCUGACCAAGGACUACCCACCUCCACCCCUGAAAACAAUGCUGUUUGUUUGUUUCUGGGAGAUCCAUCUUACUGCAUGCUACAAAGCCUUGGAAAUCAUCCUGAAGCUCUUAGCUGCAGGUCUUCAGGCCAUAAAAAAACAGUCGUCCAGUCGAUUGCAAUGCAUGGUGACCCCGUGUUGCAGAGUAGAACUCGGCUUCAUGGAGUUUUCAAAGUCAAUGACCUUUCUGUAGCAGAUCAUCAGUCCCUUCUUCCUAGGAGCCU